AGUCAGUGCUGUGCUGGAAGUGUUUUCCUGAACACACUAGCGGUCCAUCACCUCGUCGAUCGACCUUUAUGCGUGUAGUUUGAACUCGCUUGCCGCACUGUGCUCAGGAUUCACUUCUGGGAUCUUAACAUCGCUUACCAAGUCCGCAUAUUCCGUUCAACAAAUGACAAGACACUGUUUGAGAACGAAACAAUAGACGGAAAUUGAAGAUGGCGUCGAUGCAGAUGUGUGGAGCAACCGUUACCAAGAGAACAGCAAAUAUCAUUACUACAGUUGGAUCGCUGGGAAUAGCUCUUGGUGGCUUAUUAAUAAUUGCUGGUAUUGCCGUAGGCUGCCCGGACGACGGCGACGACUACGAAUACUACGACACUGACUGCACUGUCUUUUCGAUUUUAGCGAUCACAGGAUUAGUUCUUCUGUGCUCUGCAGUACCUGUUGCGGUGACUGGAUGUGUGAUGCUUUGCAACAGAUCACAGGUGGCAAUGCCCAUGACGCUGCAUCCACCCAUGUAUGAUGGCCAGCUCUACCCACGACAGGGAGCAGGUCAGCUUUACCCACAGCAAGGAACAGGUCAACCUUACCAGCAGCAGGGAAUAGCCCCACUAUACCCACAGUGGACAGCAACUCCGUCAUACCCAGAGCAGGCAGAAGCUCCAUCUUACCCACAGCAGGAAGCAGCUCCACCAUACUCACAGGCAGCAGUUCCUCCAUACCUACAGCAGGGAGCAGCCCCACCAUACUCAAAGCAGACAGCAGUUCCUUCAUACCCACAGCAGGAAGCAGCUCCACCAUACUCACAGCAGGCAGCAGUUCCUCCAUACCCACAGCAGGAAGCAGCUCCACCAUACUCACAGCAGGCAGCAGUUCCUUUAUACCCACAGCAGGCAGAAGCUCCAUCUUACCCACAGCAUGAUUCAGCUCCACCAUACUACCCACAAAAGGAAUCCGGUCCGUCAUACCCACAGCAGGCAGCAGCUCCAACAUACCCACAACAGGCAGCAGCUCCAACAUACCCACACCAAGCAGCAGCUCCACCAUAUCCACAGCAGGCACCAAUUCCACCAUACCCACAGCAGGCAGCAGCUCCACCAUACCCACAGCAGGCCCCAGGUCUCCCACACGAACCAGGCCCAGAUCAGCCUUAUCCUCAAAAGGGCGCAUAUUAAGUUUCCGCAACUGAGCCUACAUGAAGAGUCCUUUAUAUGGGAUACUACCAGACAGAUCCACCGAAGCUUUGACAUUAAAGGCAAUUAUUAGUUGCAUAAAUGUAAAUCUGCAACUAACACAAGGAAUCCUGAAUCGCUGAUAGAUCUAAGUUAAUUUUCUAAUUUCUUACUUAAGAUGAUUCUGCAGUUGAGUGUGAUUCUGAGUUACAUUUCGAGUUUGUAAUUAUAGUGAUUCAAACCUGUAGCACCUGUAGCUGGUAAAGGUAAGAUGUAUGUAUAAAUGUAACGGCUUUCUCUUUCAAAUAUGUGGUAAUGCAAAUAUCAUCGAAAUGUUCCAUUAAACAUGAUUUUUCUAUAGUAUAAAGUACUACAUUUUGCUUAGUUGUAUAUUUACAAGUACAUGGAGCAGCUGUUAGCUUCUUAGAUACCUUAGACAAAACUGACGUCUUAAAUUGUCUUACUUGAUAUCAUUCAAGGUAUGAAAGAAAAGAAAUUGUCUGGUCAAAAUAUAGGACUAUGAAUGUAAUUUGCCAUUGUAUGAAUAAAAUUCCUUGAUCUGC